AUGUGGGACAAGGUCAAGCGCCUUGGAUCCCCUCCGACAACAUACCCGAGAAAGCGUAAAAUCCUUGGAUUGGACCGUCAAACCCAUCCUAAUAAGAAAACCCGCCAACUCCGCCGCAGGAUUCGCAAAAAGCCCGAUAUUGGAGAGGAAGAAAAAGGCUCAAUCUACUCAACAGGUUUGAAUGACUUCGGCCUCAGAAAAUGGUGGAAAGUUCUCUUCAAGCGCACCGUGAGGUUUCCUCCUCGAAAUCCAGAAAGGACGGAGCAGAUUAAAAAAGACAUUUCCCAACGUUUCGAGUUAGCCAAAGAGUUAUCGAAUACUGGUUAUACCUCGUUGCAAAGUGAAAUACCGGGAGAUCUACCAAUAUCAAUCAAAUGGAGGCCCACUGGGAUGGAUGCCGAAGGGAGGAACGAGGUCUUCAUCAGACUGACGCAAAGAAGCUUAAGCAAAGGGGGCCUUCUUUGGUUAGGAACUCUUGCACAGAGAGUUGAUCCGAUCUUCCAGACUCUAGAUCUUUUUCACAACGCGCUUGUUUCUACUGGACUGGAUAGAAGUAUUACUGGGUUCGCGGAAAAUUUCGGUCGGCCACUACUUGAAUGGUUUCGGGAUCUCAUAUUUGAACAGACCGGGAGAGACCAGGUGCCUCUGAUUGGAUUAGCAAGACUCAAACUUCCUAUGGACGAAUCUCAAGCAUUGCUCAGUGACGCUCAAAUUUAUCUCUCAAAGAUUUUAAGUGAGGAAGGGAUCAAUCUACAUAAGUCAGGCAUAGUUUCAGUGGCAUUGAUGGGGUAUUGGUGUCAAGAAAAUGUUUCAAAGCAAGGUCAUAUGAUCAAGGUGGAUGUAUUUUGGAAAGCAAUUGCUGAAGCAUUGAGAAAAAUUCCAAAAACUAACUCAGUAGAAAAACUGAUAUCAAGCAAGUAG